UAAAAAUCUGUAUGUUAUCUAUAUUUAUCAUAAGUGCCACCGAGUAUAAAUGUUUAGCCGAUACCAAUGGCUUGAUUGACGCCUUCGGGGUAAAAUGGGUAAGAAUAUUUUAAAAGAAAAGUGCCUAUUCAACAAUGUUACUAAGUAUCUAAUAUUUCUACUUAUUAUUGUGAUUGCUUUGUGUGUUAUACCAUUAAUUGGUCGUGCGGAUAAAGUUAAUGAAGUAUUUGUAAAUGUCGAACAAGGAAAUCUUAGAGGAAAACAAGAGAUUGGCAUAACAGGGAACAAAUAUUAUAGUUUCAAAGGAAUCCCUUACGCAAAACCACCACUGGGUACAUUGAGAUUUAAGGCACCCCAGCCGCCCGAAUCAUGGACAGGUAUAAGAGAUGCAACCGUACACAGAAGUAUAUGUUUCCAGCAUUGGCCUAUUUCGGCGGAACCGGCAGAAAACGAAUCGGAAGAUUGUCUUUACAUAAAUGUAUACACCCCAGAGGAUCCAAAUAAUUCCGCAAAUAAAUUAAAACCGGUAAUGUUCUGGAUUCAUGGUGGCGCCUUUCUAGCAGGUUCCGGUAAUUCCGAAUCGUUCGGUCCAGAUUAUUUGGUACAAGAAAAUAUAAUACUUGUAACAUUCAAUUAUCGACUAGGUAUCUUUGGAUUUCUAAGAGUUGACGAUCCAAAUAUUGAAAUUCCUGGAAAUGCUGCAAUGAAAGAUAUGGUAAUGGCAUUAAAGUGGACCAAAAGCAAUAUUGCAUAUUUCGGAGGUGAUCCAGGCAAUAUCACCGUCGUUGGACAAAGUGCUGGUGGUGCAGCUGCACAUUUACUUACUUUAUCUCCCUUGGCAUCAGGCCUCUUCAAAAGAGCAAUAAUCGAAAGUGGUACUGGUUUGGCCAUAUGGAGCAUUGUUUCGCCAGAAACAAAGUCGCUACGUGAAGUAGCCAAAACUUUGAAUAUGGCACAAAACAGUGAAAGGCAGAUAGUAGAAGAAUUAUACAAAUUAUCUGACAAGGAUGUCGUAGGCGCUCAAAAGCAAGUAAACUAUAUUCCUGGUGAUCCCACGAUCUUUGGACCAACAGUGGAAAAAUCGUCUAAUGAAACCGCAUUUAUAUCAGAUCAUCCACUUAAUAUUAUUAGAUCAGGCAAUUAUAAUAAGAUGCCUACUAUGUUCGGAUAUGUUUCGAGAGAAGGGAUGUUUUUUAAAAGGAACGGGUUGAAUUAUCUUACAAGAGAUAUAGAAGAUUUGAUUCCAUUUGAUUGGGGAAUUCCACAAGGAUCUUCCAAAUCAAAGGAAUUAGCAGAACAAAUUGCAAAAUUUUAUUAUUACGGAGAAAAGCCAACCGAAGACAACGUUGAUGUAACAUACACGCUAUUAUCAGAUACCUAUUUUGUCAAUUCAAUGUAUCAAUCCAUGAGGGAACAACUGAAAGUGUCAGAUGAAAAGGUUUACCUCUACCGUUUCUCCGUUGAUGGUAGAAACAAUUUGUCGAAGAAACGUAACAAUAUAACAUUACCCGGGGCCUGUCACGGUGAUACCAAUUCAUAUCGAUUUUCGGGAGGACGCACCGCCCCAGAAGUGAUUCCAAACAGUGUAGAGGACCUUACGAUAAAAAGGUUCGUCAAAUUGUGCGCCAAUUUUGUAAAAUACGGAGAUCCAACAUUUGGACAGAAGACAAAUUUGAUAAAUAUUAAGUGGGAUCCAAUUUCAGAAGAAGAAUUUACGUUUUUGGAAUUGGGAGAAAAUUUAUCAUUAGGAGUAAAUGCAGAUAUACAUAGACAAAAGUUUUGGGACGAGCUGCGUCAGUCAGCAGAAAAUUGAAUAAAUAAACAUAUUACUAACAUUCGAAAAUUAAUUGAAAACGUUAUAAAAAAUAUACUUUUAG